AAUCUUACUGUGCCUGGGCACAACGACUGCUCUGGAAACUACAGCUUGAGAUUCCUUAGAAAUGCCUGUCAUGUUCCUCCUCCCUCCUCCAUUGCCCUCUGCUCUACGAAUGUGAGCGGUGGGGAUGUUCUCUGCUUGCCCAGCAGCUGUCAAGACCAUACCUGGCUCCUGAACAACGGCCAAGAGACCUGCAGUGAACCUACCAGCUGCCAGCCGGCCAGCUGUGAGCCCAGCAACUGUGAAACUUCCAGCUGCCCUUCCUCUAGUUGCUAUGUGCCCAGACCCUGCCAAGGCACCAGUUUUCUUCCUGCUUCUUCUUGCAUCUCUGGAUCCUGCUUCCCAGUAUGCUAUAGACCUUUGAGCUAUGUGUCUAGCAGCUGCCAACCCCAGAGACUCCUCACUUAUGGAUGCCGCCUCUUGGGUUAUUUGCCUGGUGGUCCUCAUACCCACAGCAUUACCCACUACUCUCUAUAUUUGCUUCAUGUCUCCAAUUACUCCACAUUUGCCCUCGUUUCAUAUCAUCUUCUUGUUCACCCUACCCUUCCUCUCCUUUGGGAUAAUUCUUUCGGCAUUGUGUCCAACAGUCUCAGACCUCUGCAUCCUCUCUUCAGUGGAUGCCAGCCUCUGACACAUGUGUUUAGUACUUGCCAUCCAUCUUGCUCUGCCUGGGGAGGCCUGUAA